CCUGAAUGACGUCACAUUUUCAAUCUCUAUUUAUUGUCAGUCUUGCCUUGUUCUUGGUUGUGUUCUCUCCUGCUGUGUCUUUGCAUGUUUCUCUGGUAGCUUCCAAGUUUUUCUAGUUCUCAGUUUCUAGUUUUUUCUCAAAGCGCUUUACAUUUUAAGGUAAAGACACUACAACGAUAAAGAGAAAACCACAACAAUCAGACGGCCCCCUAUGAGCGAGCACUUGGCAACAGCGGAAAGGAAAAACUCCAUUUUAACAGGAAGACUCCUCAGGUACCCCCACCCUGGGGGUGAGGGGAAAAUGAGUCGAUGAACUGGGAUCAUUAGAUUUCAGCAAAACAUGAAAGAACAGGUUACUACAACUACAACUCCCAAGAUGCACUUCUCUGAUGACAGCCAAUCACAGAGCUCUGUGUCUGCAGAACAGAAAACUACAAAAAUACCCUAAAAAUCUAACCAAUCAGAUGCUGGUCUGAUUUAUAAGCGCAGCAGCAGGGGUUCAUGGGUAAUGUAGUGUUUGCAUAAAUGGUUAUAACGAGACUGAAAAUGAAAUGUUUGUGACCUUUGACCCCAGCUGGCGCUGCAGACAUCAUCAGAGUGUCUGCCAACAGCAGCACGAAAGUCAUGCUGGCCUCAGGCCUGCAGGGGGACCCGAGGGCACGCGGGUACGACGUCAGGUGGACUCAAAUCCCUCACCUGCUGCUGAACUGGAACCGGAGCACGUGCUCCCACGGACGCUGCUCGAUGCUCCCUGACGGCUCGCUCGAGUUCAGCCGACUUCAGACCCAAGACUCCGGAAACUACACGCUGGAGGUGUUUGACAAGACUGGGUCGAGACUGCAGACCAAAGACUUCCUGCUGCAGGUGACAGGGUUUGCUCAGCGAGCGACGAGUGGUGGCGGCGUGAACACCGCUUUCUCUGGGAAGAUGGAGGAACCGACAGACGGGGUAGCGUUACAUCCGGCGGGCCGGGCAAGAAAUCCUCCAGCAGUUGGAGCAGACCGCAGCAGCAGCCAUGUGGCGUCUUCAGUGUCCGUCUGCGUCGUCCUGCUGGUUCUGUUGCUCUUCUUCAUCGUGGUCUUCAUCCUGAGGAAGAGGAGGGUUCAGAGGAAGAUAACCACAGGUCAGAAGGAGGAGAAGGAGGAGAACAUUUAUGUGAUGAUGGAGGGUAACAAGAACGAAGAAGAGGAGAAGGAGAAGAAACCGGAGGAAGAGCCCCUCUAUGUUCCCUUCAGUCCUACAGUUUCCUCCCAGCAUGAAGACAGUGUCUAAGUGUGAGGACCAAUCAGAGCCCAGCGUGUCUGCUCUGUAUGGAAGCCUUUGAGGGACUUUAUUAAUUGGAGAUAAACUAUCUGAAUUUCAGGAGCAGGACCACGCCUCCAAACACACCCCUUCCUGUUCCUACAUAUAUUUGACCCCCCAGCUCUACAACGCCCCCUCCACCUCCCCCAUUACUACAUAGUCCCCUCUGAGCCUCCCCCAAGCUGCAGCUCACUUCAUGUUUCCCAACAACCCGUCGGCGUGGUUUUCCCGUUGUUACGCUGCUCUGAUGGGGGUUUUUUUUGCCUGUCCC